AUGGCACCCACAGAACCUUGUUCAGCGUGUAGCUGGACCACUGAACGCCAAGAGGGUCGUCGCUACAGAAGCCAUGUUAGACUAUUCUAUGCAGUCAGUGAUCGGGGCAUCUGGUCAUUGCGCUCAAAUUUGGUUCUCAGAGAAAAAGGUGCGAUCCUUCCAGUUUUCGAAGCUCCAAACCUUUGGUUUGUCCAGGCAAAUACAUCUAUCCCAGUCCCUACUGUUGUCGAAUGCUGGAAGGAAGAAGAUGAUCACGCGCUUCUAUUGACCAAGCGCAUCCCCAGCGAACCCCUUAGCACAGCCUGGCUGAAGCUGUCGGCAGAUCAAAGGGAGACAAUCGCAAAACAGACUGCUGACUACCUGCUACAACUUCGCGAGCUUCAGUCAGACAGAAUUCAAGCGCUGGAUGGUUAUCCAGCGACCGAUGACAAACUUAAGGCUGAGAUGGAGUGUGGACUACAAGAGAGUGUACCUGAGACUGUGCGUCAACGACUUCGGCGUCGCAUGCUGCCCGCUACCCCAUUCACCUUUACGCAUGGUGACCUUACGAACUUGAAUAUCAUGGUGCAGGAUUGCUCCUUUACUGGCAUAAUUGAUUGGGAGACGUCUGCAUAUCUUCCGGUCUGGUGGGAACAUGCUUGUACCUUGAUUACUGAUAGUUGUCAGGGCCUUAGUGAGGACAGGGAGUGGAAGGCCUUGUUACGGAAAUAUAUGCCUGAUCAUAGCGACGGGCUGGAAUCCUUGUUGGACUAUUAUCACCUCUGCAGGGGUCAUGAUAAUGAGAGAGCGGCAAGGUUCAUCAAGGAAACAAAAACUGGGACUCGGUAG